AUGACAACAAGAACAGUUAACAAUGAAUUUGAGAUUGUUCUGGAGGACAAUACCAACCCAGAUGAUGUUGGCGCCGAGCCCAAGUUCAAAAUCGGAGGCGCCAACAUCGGCGAUGGCGGGGACGGCACCGGCUUGAUCGAUGUUGACAUAGGUGGCGACGCACUCAUUGUGCAAUGCGACCUGGUGCAGGCUGUUCACGGCUUCUUGUACGGCGACCAGCCCGCCACACUGGUGGUCUUCCAAUUCGGAUUUGUGCCACGCGGUAACAACCGGCGCUUCAAAGAGGUCGAGGUCACCAUCACCUUUUCCGCAGGGGAUGUACAAGCCAUCACUCCGUCCAACACGUGGGCUAUAUUCAAGUCUGAGACGGAGCAAGAGGUGAGCCAUUCGGUGAGCACUAAUCUGGAGGCAUCGUGCGGACCCGGAAAGGGCAGUCUCGGGUACACGUGGCAACUCAAGAAGACCGACAACAUCGAGGCGCAUGCACGUGUCGAAGGCAUGAUGAGGACGCAGGGUCACGGUUCCAGGCGUGACAGGAGAAAGAACACUGUCUUCUGGGGACUUUAUGAGAACAAAGCUAUCAAGAGCGGCAUCCCAAGCUUCAUGCAGACCGCCGUGCUACUGAAGAGGGACAAAAUGGUAGAGGAUCCACGGGGCGAGAAAUUCAGCGCCAAGAUCAUGAUCUCUGGCGAAGUGGACAGGCUUACCAACGUCAAGGAGAAGUGGGAAAGCUUCACGGCGGCCAUGUCCGGCAGCAGCGCUAAAGGGGAGAACAUCAUAUUUGACGCCAAGAAGAAUCGGGGCACGGUCAAAAAUUCUGACAACCUGCAGGACGAGGACUUAGAAACAUAUAAGAGUCUUGUCACCAUACGUGACUGGGUGGAUGUGAAUGCAGAAUCGUUGCUCAAGACCGAAGCAGAUGUUGCUGUAUCUGCGACGACUUCAAUGGAUGUAGUGGGCAAGUUGACUUUGGGUCCUGUCGACCAGAUGAAACUUUCGGCGGAGGCGGCAACAGCUGCGCUUUCUCUCAUAUCCCCGGUUGAAAGCACCACAGCGGUUCGUCAACCAGCCGCUGAGGAUCUGGACGGCCAUGCCCAAGUCCACGAGCCUGCUCCUGCGAGUGCCUCAAUACCCGUGGUAGAUUCAGCAGCCACGAAUGAGGUGGACCCCUCAGCUGAAAAGUUGGACGUAGUCGAAACGUUAGGGGGCGAGAGAGUAGCCGAAAUGCUAGUAGAGCUACGGGAACAGCUCUCGACGGUUCGUAUCGAGGCGAAUUUGGUGAGGAGGCUGCUUCAGCUGGAGGAAAAAGAACGGCGUAUAAUGCAGGAGAUUAUGAAGCUGGAGAACUUGGCUACGGAUUAG